AUGGGGAGCCGCCCUUCUCCAGCAUUCCAGAGCGCCACAUUAGCUGGCCACAGGAAGCAGUCACCCAGGCCUCUUGACUCAGCCUUGGCCUCAACCCCUUCUCUCCGGAGGAUGCCAGCAGGCAUCAGCCCCCUCAGGACACAGGGCGCCCAAGCCCGGGAGGCUGAGCAGGCAAACCAGGUCUUUCAGGACAACCUGUGGAGAGAGCUGCUGGAGGCUGAGAAUAGGAGCAACAGACUCUGGAUUCAAAAUUGGAGUUUUUUGAAAGACUAUGAUCCAAUGGGUAAUAAAAAGGAGCAUCCAAAGCUACCAGAAUACAUCUCUUUAUUUUCUGACACAGUUCCCAGUACUGCUAAUCAAGUCAUUGGCAGUAGGGUGAAUACAGAACUAGGGAAGAAGAUAGCAAGCAUGGAUUUCUUCUUCACUGAAGGAAAUCGUAAGAAGAAACCUAACAAUGAUUUUCAAACCAUCUAG